CCCAAGCACACACUCGUAACAAAAGGGUUACUUUAUUUUGUGUGUGUAAUAGUUAAUACAUUUUGUUAUUCCUCCCCUACCAUCCCCGUGCAUCCUCCGGGAAGACGUCAGGCCGGCUCUCGGUGCUCUCCAGCCGGCUAACAAAGCAUGCUAAAGCCGCUCGCUCACACCCGCGUUGAUGCCAGGCUCGACCGCCAUGUGAUUGUCAACAUAAUCAUUUGUGAUUUUAAUGGUGCAUUAUUGCGUGUCUCGGUUAUAUUUGCGUUUUACAAGCCAAAAGGAUUAAAGGAAUUAACGGUAAAUUGUAAAGCCCUGCCGCAAGUAACUCAAAACAUUUGCAGCUGAAAUCAUUCUCCAAUGAAAUUAAUGAAAAUGCAAUUCCAUCUAUCCAAUAAUCUGUCUAUCCUUGACAUUACAAUACAUUCCAUCGUUGUUUAGCUAUAUUAUCUGCUUCCACCGAAUGUUGUGCUUAUUCUGGUGUGCAUACCUUGGCCACUAGAGGGUAGUAUAAAACAAGUAGAAGACGUGAAGAAGAGUUUCACAACUGUAACUGUAUGUAGUAAUAGGAGUACUGCAGUAAUAGGAGUCCUUUGUAUUUGUAGGGAUUUGCGAGUGUGGACCCUACGCGUGAUCACGGAUCGAGGAAGAGAUGUCCACUGAUUAGAAGACUGGGGGAUGGCGGUCAACGUGUAUUCUACCUCAAUAACCCAGGAGACCAUGAGCAGGCAUGACAUCACGGCCUGGGUUAACGACAUCCUCUGCUUGAACUACGCCAAGGUGGAGCAGCUCUCCUCAGGAGCAGCCUACUGCCAGUUCAUGGAUCUUCUUUUUCCGGGCUGCAUCAGUCUUAAAAAGGUCAAGUUUCAAGCCAAACUGGAACACGAGUACAUUCACAACUUCAAGCUGCUGCAAGCGUCUUUCAAAAGAAUGAAGGUGGACAAGAUUAUCCCGGUGGAGAAACUGGUCAAAGGCAGAUUUCAGGACAAUCUUGACUUCAUCCAGUGGUUCAAGAAGUUCUUUGACGCCAACUACGAUGGCAAAGAGUACAACCCGGUGGAUGCUAGACAGGGUCAGGACGCCAUUCCCCCACCAGACCCCGGCGAGCAGAUCUUCAACCUGCCCAAAAAGUCCCACCACGCAGCUAGCUCCCCCACCGCAGGAGGGUCAAGGUCAAGUGCCACAACCCCAAAGUCAGCGACACCGACAUCCCGGCCUUCCUCAGCCAAAAAAAUCCCCAUGGCAUCAACUCCCGCCAAAGGGGAGAAAGAUUUGGAGGCGCAGGUCACACAGUUAACUGACCAGGUGAACACAUUAAAAGUGGCCCUGGAAGGGGUGGAGAAGGAGCGGGACUACUACUUCAGCAAACUACGAGAGGUGGAGCUCCUUUGUCAAGAACAGGGUGAAAACAACGCUCCUUUCGUCGAGCGGCUAAUGGAAGUCCUCUACGCUAUGGACGAUCAGGAGAGAGCCGAGGAGCUGGCUGAGGGAGACGGGCCCGACGUGGACCAGGAAGAAGCCCACGAGGAGGUCCUGGAUGAUCAGCAGCAAGACGAGGAACAGGACGAAUACUGACUGAAAAACACUAUCUUCUAUUUAAUGUGAGAACUCUUCCUCUCGUGGUUUUUUUUUUUUUUUGUUUUCUCGAAGACUGAGCAAAUUGAAGCCACCUCUCGACGAGAAGCACCAUCACCUUGUUUCUUUCUUUUUUUUUUUUUUUUUUACAUUUAUUUUUUUUUAAGUAUCCCUCCGCUCACUGUUCAAUGUUUUUGUGACUUUUGCUGUGGUCACAAAGUGGAUCUCAGACCAUCACAAGGACUAUCAAAUGUUUCACUCGAUGAAAUGCUGACGUUGUUGCUGUUACCGUUCUAAUUUUGAUGAAGGUUGUUUUGAUAUCCACAAUUUCAACCAAAAUAUUGCAAUAAGCAAAAAGCCCAGAAAGGGCUCAUAGUAGCUCUUAUUUACCCUUCCUUCCUUCCUUCCAGCACGUGUUGUUGCACUGACAUUUUGAGUGUAUUGGACAAUCUGUCCAUAGACCCUCGCCAUAUUUAUUGUCAUUUUCGAGCCUUAGACAUCGUAGAUUAUGGGUUCUGGGUCCAUGUGAAGAUGGACGCUACAGGCAUGAAUUGUGAAUACAACACCAUUGUAUGACUAAACUAGUACGUCUUUGAAGCAAUGUCACACCACGCCACAUUAUUGAUAAUAUGCCAUAACCGUAAGAAGAUGCAUUUUUAGGGGGGGGGCAUAGUCAGUUGCAAUGCAACAUUUUUUUUUUUUUUUUUAAUUUUUCAAACCUCAGCUUGUGAUGAUUAUUAGCAGUUAGAUUCUGGUGUAAAUGGUCAGUCCACUGAGUGUUUUGUUAUGCUAUAUAUUCCAGUAAGUACAUUGUAUACCUUUUCUUAAUAUUGCAUUAUUACUAAUAAACAGCCGAGCAGAGCACCAUAACGCUUUAGUCAUGUUCUAUAUUAAUGUGUAAAUGAAAAGGAAUGUAAAACAUGUUUGCUGUUAAUAAUGAUGGUCAAUGUUCAUUUUUUUUUUCCUUCCAUGUCCCACUCAUGAUGCAUUCCCGGGAGAAAUUUCUUCUUAUUUUUUUUUUUUUUGCAUGUCUGCAUUUUAUUUGUGAAUAACUUGACAUUUUUACAUAUUGAAUAAGAAAAGCGCGUGUGUUAGGUGAGCUUGUUUUGUAUGUUUAAUCUGUUAUUUGAAAGUUGAGAUUUGGAUGGAUUUGCUGUAAUAAAAUGU